ACAACUUGUUAUUCAGCUGAUUUUUAUCCUAAGAAUCCACACUGAGAUUACCGUAUAAUAUGGAAAUACGCUUCCCUUCUUUGGGUUUAGAAUAGUUUUUGUUAAAAAGUUUUUCUUAUUGGAUAUACACUGAUUGGGCCGAUUGGCCUACUUAAAAAUUGUCGCAAACAGCUGAUUGCUGGCGAAAGCCGGCUUGUGUUUACCUCCUCAAUUCGUUCGCAAAUCGUCACUCAUUACACUCGGCUGCUCUGUUUGAUCGAUAAUCCCCCGGAAUAAUUCCAAUUGCGGAAGUGUUGAGACACCUUCCGUGUUCGCGGGACCAUCAGAUCACGCAAUACCUUUGAGGACAUGCUAUCACAGUAGCGAUGACAAACUUUUUGGAUCAGUUGCCCAAGCGCAUUAGGGAAAUCGCGGAACAGGUUAAUGUCCUUGCCCCAGAGGAGAUCCUAACAACGCCGAAAGUACGAUUCCUGGACACCCGUCAACAAUCUCUGUACACUUUAGUGCGAAAGUGCACUCCUGAUGAUGUAAGACUGCUCAAGGAUGCCGCGGCCAAGUGGCUCGCUGAAAUGCCACAGGCAGCGGAUUCCCUUUUCAAGCCCUUGGUGAAUGUGCGAUGGUCUCGGGUGUCUUUUGGUUGUUCAGGGCUGGAUCGCUGUACUCGUGGUGGAGUGGUCACUCGAGGUAUCACCGAACUUUGUGGGGCAGCCGGCGUGGGCAAGUCCCAGUUGCUCCUCCAACUUUCUCUGUGCGUCCAGUUGCCCAUCGAAUUGGGAGGAUUGGGCAAGGGAGUGGCUUACAUUUGCACGGAGGAUGCUUUUCCGGCUAGAAGGUUGCUUCAGAUGAGCAAGGCCUGCGAGAAGCGACAUCCCCAGGAGAAGCUGAACUUUCUGGGCAACAUCUUUGUGGAACACCAUUACGAAACAGAACCUCUUCUAAACUGUAUAAAAAAUCGACUGCCGCGACUUAUGCAACAACAUGGCAUUGGUCUAAUCAUCAUAGAUUCCGUAGCAGCCAUAUUCCGGCUAUACACUGACUUUUUGGAGCGAGCACGUCACAUGCGACGUCUGGCAGAUGCACUCCUAAGCUACGCGGAUAAAUACAACUGUGCCGUGGUGUGUGUGAAUCAGGUGGCUUCCAGUGGAGGUCAGGAUGAGGUUCCCUGCCUGGGAUUACAGUGGGCACACUUGGGACGAACCCGCCUGCGAGUAUCACGGGUGCCCAAACAGCAUCGUAUGGGAGAUCAGUUAAUUACGGUGCGCAAACUAGAGAUCCUCUAUUCGCCGGAGACCCCCAAUGACUUUGCCGAGUUCCUCAUCACCGAAGAGGGCGUCGUCGAUGUUCCAGAGCCAGCUUUCACCCGCCCACCUGCUAAAAUGCGUCGACUGUGAUCGAUUGAAUUUAUUCAGUUUAUUUUGUUUUCGUUAAAUUUGUUGAAUUUAAAAUGUGUAACGGCAGAGAUUUCAAUCAGCCAUUAAAUUGUUAAAAACUCCUAUUAAAAUUAGCGGAACUUUAAAAAGGACUAAAAUAGUUUUUUGAAAUUGGUUUAAGUUCCCUUAAUUUCAAAAGGGAUCAGAAUAAUAGUUUGUAUUUGGAUAAAUGUUUAAUAAAUCCCGCAAAAUUUAAUUAGAAUUCAAACAA